CUUCGAUUAUUCCUUUCCGCUCGUGCAUCCACAUUGUUUAACUUUGCAUUAAUCGUAUCACAGGUAAAUAAUUCACAUCAUACCGAUUAAUAUAUUGAUGAUGAUAUUUCAGUCGUUCUCAAUGUUCUUUCGGAUAAACGAAAAGCAUACAAAAUUAGAGCGAACAUUUCCCGCGGAUAUUUCGAAACGUUAAAAUACUCCUCUAUCCCGGUAGAGGACAGAACGUGUUUGUGGAAAUUGAAUGUUCUGAAUUCGCGCUUUUACCAACAAAUCGUGUUAUUCUUUGCUGCUCACUUGAAAAUCCAAUAUUAGCAAGGACAGUACUUGAAAAGUUGGAUUAAACUCAAGUAAUUCUUUAUCUGAUUAGAGUGCUGUAUCCAGUAUACAUACGAAACUCAUCGUAUCGUGUACACGACAAUAAAAAGUCUACGUUGUAAUAGGUAAAAUGUCAAAGCGAAAAGGAGUGUCACUCGAUGAAAAACGUAUGAGAAUGCUACAAAUAUUUUAUGAAAAAAGAGAAUUUUUUACUUUAAAAGAGUUGGAAAAAGUUGCACCAAAAGAAAAAGGCAUUGUAGUACAAUCUGUAAAAGAUGUACUUCAGGCACUAGUUGACGAUGGAUUAGUGAGGUCAGAGAAAAUUGGUACUUCUGUAUAUUUUUGGACUUUUCCAGGAGAAAAUAUUACUGCGAUAGAACACAGAAUAUCGGAAGCUUCUAAAAAGAUAGUGGAGGCAGAAUUUAAGCUUCAAAAAUUAAAAGAAGCUUGCGAGAAAGAGAAGAUAGGAAAGGAAGAUACACAGGAAAGACAACUUUUGUUACAAGAAUUAGAAGAAUUGAAGGCAAAAAAGGAACAGUUAAAAAAACAAAUUGCUAAAUUUAGUGAUGCAGAUCCCGAAACUAUAGCUGAACUUGAAAAAAAAGCACAGGAAUAUAAGGAUGCUACCAAUGCGUGGACAGACAAUAUUUUUGCUAUUCAAAGUUGGUGCAAAAAUAAAUUUGACAUCUCGGAGCAGAGUUUGAAUAAACAAUUUAAUAUUCCUAACGAUUUGGAUUAUAAAGAAUAAAAGUGUAACAUGAUUCAGACUUAAUAU